AUGAUGAUGUCAGCAACAAGGAGCGUAUCUCCUACGACGUCGUCGAUGUUGAGAACUCGUAAAACAACUCCUAAAGCGAACAACAACAACAUCAGAAAGCCCACAAAACAACGAUCGACAAACGCGAUGGCUACGUUUACAUCACCUUCUUCGCGUCGUUCUUCUUGGAGCAUCGCGAGGAGCAGUGCUCGUUGUGGUGUACAAACGAAGACGACUUUGACGACGACGACGAUGAUGAAGAAAAACGAAAGCAACAACAAAACGGUGAAAGAACAACAACAACAACAAAGAAGAAACGCGACUAUUACGAAAGCGAACGAGGACGACUCAUCAUCAUCAUCAUCAUCAGUGGAUGCUUCGAGCGACGACCCGUUCGAAUUUGGUUCCAAAUCGAAGAAGAGAAGGCGACGCGACGGGAAAUCUACGAGACGCGCGACGGUUGCGGUGGACUCGCCGGCCAUCGCGGCGGCGAAAGGCGAGUCGGAAAGAACCGUCGUUGAGGAGUCCGAGGAAGCUUUCUUGAAAUUUCUUGGGUUUUACAUAGCAAUUAUCUUUGCUUUUGGUGUUGUUCUCGCGUUAUCGGCGUUUAAAAUCUGGCCAGACAGCGUCGAUUCGUUCAUCACGGAUACGCUCUACCCGGCGUUUACUCCUUUCGUCGGCGGAUUUUUAGUGUUUUCGUCGAUUUACGGUUUGAUUAAAACGCGAAGCGAUCCAACUUCAAAGUCCGGUUAG